AUGAAUUCACCAGAAGGAGCCUCUGCGGCCGGGAUGCCGUCUAAGAUUUCGUUGGAUUCGCUUCCCAUCGAGAUAUUCCUAAUGAUUUGUGAACAUAUUGACGCUGACACACUGGUUAGGUCGUUAAUGUAUGUCAACAAACAGUUCUACGACAUAAUCAAUAACUACUACCUAUGGAAGAAAAGAGGCAUGCGUACAACUAACGAUUGCGAAGUAGCUUUCAUGUGGGCAAUGAAUUAUGAAGAAGACACAUUUAAUUGGAAGCAAUUUGUCUGGCACACAGAAUUGGAAGACAGUUGUUGGAGCGAAUAUGAGACAAAAACCACUACUACUGUUUUUAGUGGAGCUCAUUUUUCGGAAGUGGAUGCCGUUCUUAUGGCUAAAGAUGGUAAUUAUUGUAUUUCUGCAUCAAGAGAUCGUUCUAUAUGUUUGUGGAACACAAUGGAUACAGUACGGAACCCUGUGGUACACAAAGUAGACAGCCAUUUAGGAUGGGUAUGGGAUUUAGGAAUUUAUGAUGAUGAUCAUUUUUUAUCAUGUUCUUGGGAUUCAAAAGUCAAAUUAUGGAAUACGAGCAACUUCACGCCUUCUUCACAACCAAUACACACAUUUAGUACUGACGCAGCUGUGUUGUCAAUUACAAGCAAAGAAAAUUUUAUUGCUGCCGGAUUAUAUUGUCCUAAGAUUAUUGCAUUUGAUCCUCGGGAACCUGAAAAACGACUAUUUGAACUACUACAUUCUCAUUCACGUAGUAUUAUUGACUUAUGCUUAAUAGAAGAUUAUUAUUUGAUAUCACUGAGUGAAGACCAAACUGUAUCUGUUUAUGAUUUGCGUAAAAAUAAACAAGUCAAAUCUAUGCUCCUCUCUAAUGAAAUCAAUAGAUUUCCAAUGUGUGCUUCUUACUAUGACAAUAUACUAUUUAUUGGCGAUAAUCGAGAUUGUAUGUACUGGUUAGACUGUUCACAUGGGAAGUUUGAUGUUAUUCAGGUUGUGAGUCUUGCAAAGCCUAUAAAUGAUUACGUCCGAAACUACAAGCUUAAUUGCAUUAAAUGUACUAAUUACGGUAGUAUUAUGACUGGGGGAAAUGAAGGAGUUGUUUACAUUUUAACUCCAACAAAUCCUCCAAAAAUAAUAGCCAAACUACAAAAUUCCGGUUCAGAAAUAACUUCAAUUGACUAUCAAAAUGAUACUUUAGUUGUUGGAUAUGUCAGUAGCGAUGUUCAAGUAUGGAAAAAAAAAUAG